AGAGCAGUAGAAUACAUAGAGAGGAUACACAGGGAGAGAGAGGGGGAGAGAGAGAGAGAGGAGAGAAGAAAGUGACAGAGAGACAUUGAAAAUAACACCCAACGAAAUGCUUCCCUACGCCACCUUCUUCCAAACGGAAUGAACACAUUCUUGUUCCUUCACCCCCCAACACCCCCCUCAUCCUCCUAGCCUCCUCCUUCUCCUCCUAUACUUACAUCCACAUCUGUAUCUACACACCCUUCUCACAUAUAUACUUUUCUUCCCCCAAUUUCCAAUCUUUGUACUUAUAAUCCCAGUUCUUGAAUACCCAUCUUGUGAUUUUGUGAAAUUUUGAGUAAAAAAGUGAGCUUUUUCAAUUUUCAAGAUUUGGGGUUUAUAAGCAAGAGAUGUGGGAUGCUUCAAGGACUGAUGGAUCUCUUAUCACUUUGUUGGAAGCCCUUUAGUGGGAGUAGUAGUAGUAGUAACGGGUAUAGAGGUGGAGGUGAGAAUCAUCUUGUGAAUAAUCAUAAUCAUCAGAAUAAUAAUAAUCAGCAUCAUGAUGGGGAGUUUGAUAGAGAUAGGUUGUUUUGGUAUAAGGAUACAGGUAAGUAUGCUAGUGGAGACUUUUCAAUGGCUGUGGUUCAAGCUAAUAUGGUUCUCGAAGAUCAGUGUCAGAUUGAAUCUGGUCCUUUUGGGACCUUUGUUGGGGUCUAUGAUGGUCAUGGUGGCCCCGAGGCUGCUCGAUAUGUUUGCGAUCAUUUGUUCAGGAACUUUCAAGCAAUGUCGGCUGAAGACAAUGGUGUUGUGACACCUGAUACAAUCACUAGAGCUUUUCUGGCAACAGAAAGAGGUUUUACUGCUCGUGUAGAAGAAAUGUGGCCUGCUCAACCUAAAUUUGCAACUGUUGGAGCAUGUUGUUUAGUUGGAGUGAUUUAUCAGCAAACUCUGUUUGUUGCAAAUCUUGGAGAUUCCCGUGUUGUUUUAGGGAAGAAAGUUGGUGACACUGGAGUCAUAGCUGCUAUACAGCUGUCAACAGAGCAUAAUGCCAAUGUUGUGGAAACAAGACGGGACCUCAAAGAAUUACAUCCUAAUGAUCCUCAUAUUGUUGUCCUAAAGCAUGGAGUUUGGAGAGUAAAAGGCAUCAUUCAGGUUUCUAGAUCUAUAGGUGAUGUGUAUAUGAAAUAUGCACGUUUCAACAGGGAACCAAUCAGUGAAAAAUUCCGGCUUCCUGAACCAAUGAACAUGCCCAUCAUGAGUGCAACUCCAUCUAUCCUUUCUCAUCCUCUUCAACCAAAUGACUCUUUCCUCAUAUUUGCUUCUGAUGGUUUAUGGGAGCACUUGAGCAAUGAAAAAGCUGUGGAGAUCGUCCACAAUAAUCCUCAUGCAGGAAGUGCCAAGAUGUUAGUCAAGGCUGCCCUCCAUGAAGCAGCUAGAAAACGGGAGAUGCGAUAUUCAGAUCUUAGGAAGAUUGAGAAAAAGGUCCGACGUCAUUUCCAUGAUGAUAUAUCUGUCAUCGUCUUGUUCUUUAACCAUGACCGAAUAUCUAGAGGAAUGGGACUAGAUAGUCGACUCUCAGUAAGAAGCCAUCUAGAGCAUUGAUUGUUUUUUUUAUCCCACCAUAUUACUUCUGCACCUAAUUUUAUCCAGAUACUACUUCAACAUAUGUACGGCUAGCGAGCGGCAUUCGGAACCAGUGUUUCUCAGUAAUACUGAUAGAGGUUUUAAUACUAUAGCUCAAUAUAUGUAGAAUGUUGGGAAAAUACUCGUGGUCUUUGGUAACUAGUUGUCCUCCGUUGUUUUUGUUGUAAUGCUUUUUAUGUACUGUAGUCGAUGAUGAAUAGUUUCUUGUAACUUUUUUGGCGUUCAGGUCAUACUACUUGUAUCUUCCAUUAUGUACUACUAGAAAUUCUGCUUUAGAGUUUA